AUGUAUCUCUUGAUCGGAGUUCUGUUGAUUUGCCAACAAAUCUAUGGACUCGAAGACAGGGCUCACAUCGAGAAGGAAUUUGAAAAGGAAUUACAAGACUUUGAAAAGUCGGGAAAGAAUUGGGAAGUGGUUUCUUCGGCGGACAUGGAUGUAGUCGGAGGCACUCCUAAACGUAUCGGUGAUCUCGAGUUUGACGUCGAAGUGGAAGAACAGCUACCAGAAGCGGGACACACGGCUCCCGAAGUGGUUGUGGCCGGAGAUGAGGCACUGCCGGGCGAUCUGUUCACUGAUGUGUCCGUCGAGUUGGCGUCCGAUUCGGAGAAUGUGGGCGACAUUGAACUGGACAUGAAUGUGAUGAACAGUCGGACGCGUCAACCGAACCGAAGACCACAACAAACUGGCGGUGAAGAAGAAGACGAUGAGAGAGACGUAUGGCUACAACAGACGGGCGGUUCGCCGUCGCCGUCACCAUCCGGUGGCCAAUCAGUGCCGACGACCACCGCUAACGCCAAUGUGACCGUUGAUAACAGUUCAACGACUAUUGGGUCGACUAUUACACCACUUUUGACUUCAAAUCAAACAGAUGUGUUGACCCCUGGAAUGCCUCCAAUAGAUGCUAACACUUCUCCUGAAAGCCCACCCAAUCCGCCGCCCAUACCUCCGAAGAUAGUGACCACAACUACAGCCAAACCCGCGGAACUGCUCAGCAAAUGGCCAAUACUUCUCAUACUUGUUGCGGGCAUUUGUGUCGCUCUUUUAGGAUUCAUUUGUGUUUGUCGUAAACUAACGGACACUACAAAGAAAAGUUCUCAACAAAGCGAAGAGAAACGGGUCGCCAAAGGACCGCCGCCACGACCACUGGCGCCACAACCUGUCAGAGCCGCCCCUCCCGUCCCACCGCCAGCACCACCAGCACCGGCACCGGCGCCACCCGUUUCCGGUUCAGGCGAAAAAGUGGUCAAAUCUUCGGGUUCUCAGGAAGAGUUCUUCAAAAUAAAGAGUUCAGAGGAAGAUCUCGGUAAACAAAAGUCAGAUCCGGGAACGCCGGACAAACCCAAGUCAGAUCCCGAAGCGCCCGAUAAACCCAAGUCUGACGAACAGCUGUCAAAACCCAAGUCUGACGAACAGUUGUCAAAACCAAACACAUCGGCCGAUAGUGCGAACCCCGAGACCGCAGAGAAGUCGGAAUCAGAAUUGUAG